GGCUGUGUUAUGGUAGCUACUUUCCUGUACUAAGCUGAUUUACUUGUUUAAGGUCUGACCUCAUCAUCCUGUCUGUAUGGGAUCCCACCUACACAGUUAGCAGCAGCUAGCACGGACUGGAGAUGCCUGCAGCAUGCUACACACACACAGAUGAAUGAAUUAGGACCUCUAGGUCUUUUUACAAGGGGAAAAAAAGAAAAGUGACAACAAAGGAUACAAAAUAUAAAAUCUGCUUGUGAUUCUUACAAACAUGUCAGUUUCUGGCAAAAAGGAGUUUGAUGUGAAGCAGAUCCUCAGGCUGCGCUGGAGGUGGUUCAGCCACCCAUCUCAAGGAUCUCCAGGCUCUGGAGUUUGCAUCCAGCAGGAAGGAUAUGAGCACCGGGGGACGCCAGUACACAGUAGGCUGAAAAGCCACUCACGGGACAGAAAUGGACUGAAGAAAAAUAGUAGCCCAGUGCACAAUAUACUGGCACCAGUGCCAGGACCAACCCCUGUACACCAUCGAUCUGUACCAUCCUGGCACCAGCAAAAUAUCAUUGAACAUUUACAGGCAAAUGAGGAUAUCCCAAAACCUAGCACAGAGGACGCUCUGGCCAAAGAGGAGGAGGGCAGCAGCACCCAGGAAGUGGAGAGCAUCUCUGAGGAACAUCCAGAGGCAGCCACCGACAGACUCACAGUCCCCAGUACCUCUCCUAAUAGAAUGAGCAACACAGGUUCAGAUGAAUAUUUUCAGUCUACAAACCAUGCUGAACAAACAUUUCGCAAAAUGGAAAACUACCUCCAGCAGAAGCAGCUGUGUGAUGUUCUAUUGAUUGCUGGGGACCACAAAAUUCCUGCACAUAGGCUGGUAUUAAGUGCUGUGUCAGAUUAUUUUGCUGCAAUGUUCACAAAUGAUGUACGAGAAGCAAAAGAAGAAGAGAUCAAAAUGGAGGGAGUUGACCCAGGCGCAUUGAAGGCUCUUGUACAUUAUGCCUAUACAGGUGUAUUGGAACUGAAGGAGGAUACCAUUGAGAGUUUACUGGCUGCAGCAUGUCUCCUCCAGCUUUCCCCAGUCAUUGAUGUUUGCUGUAAUUUCCUUAUGAAGCAACUUCAUCCAUCCAACUGUUUAGGGAUCCGAUCAUUUGGUGAUGCGCAAGGCUGCAUGGAGCUUCUUAGAGUGGCACAUAGUUACACAAUGGAACAUUUUAUUGAAGUAAUACGCAAUCAAGAAUUUCUCCUGCUGCCAGCCAGUGAAAUUGCUAAACUUUUAUCCAGUGACGAUAUCAAUGUGCCUGAUGAGGAGACAAUAUUCCAAGCUUUAAUGCAAUGGGUCAGGCACGACAUACAGGCUCGUCGGAAAGAUCUUGGGAUGCUUUUAUCUUACAUCCGAUUGCCAUUACUUUCACCACAGUUGCUUGCAGACCUUGAGAACAGUCCAAUGUUUGCCAAUGACUUAGAGUGCCAAAAAUUUCUCAUGGAAGCCAUGAAGUAUCAUCUUUUACCUGAAAGGAGGUCGAUGAUGCAGAGUCCAAGAACCAAACCUCGAAAGUCUACUGUUGGAGCACUUUAUGCUGUUGGUGGAAUGGAUGCUACAAAAGGUGCCACUACCAUAGAGAAAUAUGAUUUGAGGACAAACAGCUGGAUACAGAUUAGCACAAUGAAUAGUAGACGCUUGCAAUUUGGAGUAGCUGUGAUUGACAACAAGCUGUAUGUUGUGGGUGGUAGAGAUGGACUAAAAACCUCAAACACUGUGGAAUGUUUCAAUCCUGUAGCUAAAUUAUGGUCUAUGAUGCCACCAAUGUCAACUAACAGACAUGGCUUGGGCGUAGCUGUUUUAGAAGGACCUUUAUAUGCUGUUGGAGGACAUGAUGGUUGGAGUUACCUUAAUACUGUUGAAAGAUGGGACCCCCAAGCACGACAGUGGAAUUAUGUGGCCAGUAUGUCAACACCAAGAAGCACAGUAGGAGUUGCAGCACUUAAUAGCAAAUUAUAUGCUGUUGGAGGGAGAGACGGAGGCUCGUGCCUCAAAUCCAUGGAAUGCUUUGAUCCUCACACUAACAAAUGGAGCAUGUGCUCACCAAUGUCCAAGCGAAGAGGAGGAGUUGGUGUUGCUACAUACAAUGGGUUUUUAUAUGCAGUUGGAGGACAUGAUGCCCCCGCAUCAAAUCAUUGUUCUAGGCUUUCAGAUUGUGUUGAGAGGUAUGAUCCUAAAACUGAUAAUUGGACAUCUGUGGCUCCAUUAAGUGUUCCUAGAGAUGCAGUUGGAGUCUGUCCCCUUGGAGAUCGUCUGUAUGCGGUAGGAGGAUAUGAUGGGCAGACAUACCUUAACACUGUUGAAUCAUAUGAUGCACAAACCAAUGAAUGGACACAGGAUGUCUCUCUGAAUAUUGGAAGGGCUGGAGCGUGCAUUGUUGUAAUAAAGUUACCAUGAGGAAUCUUCAUGAAGCUAUUUUUAGACAUUGUCCAAAGUAAAAUACUUUUAAAAAAUGGGGCAGGGACCUCAUUGAUUCCAUUAGCACAUUAUAUAUUUUCUGUAAACUUCAGUUCACUCGCUGUUGUAUGCUGUGAACAUCAGAAGAAACCAACCUUCCAGCAAUUGGGCAAAUUCUUAGAACUGCUGUUUUUAUAUUGGGUAAUUAUUGAUAACUACUCCAAAACCUUGUGUUCAAUGAUAUUUCACAAGAACCCUACAUAAUGUUCAUGUACAGAAUAUACCAAAACUUUAGGUUUAAAAUUUAUAACUAUUAUUUGGAAUUAAUAAUGGCUAAUGUUUUAUUUUUACCCUUAUGUAAAAUGACUACUCAAUGGAUUAUUUUUAUUGUAAAAAAAGAAUCUUAAUUCACAGGGAGAUGUAGAUAGGGUAUAUUUUAUUAGGUUUCUAUUUUAAUGGGCAGUAAUGUCAAAAUUAACAUUUUAGAUAGAGCAUGCAAUUUGAAACAACUUUCUAAUAUACUUCUAUUACCAAAUGUGUUUAGUUCUCUUGGAAUCCUUUGUUGAAGACUAAAACUAGACUCGUAGGGGCUCAUAGAUACUAAGGAGUGUGGACGUCUUCUUGCACUCUAUGGCAGCAGUGGUUGCACCAAUGGAUUCCAAGAGAAUAAAUCAAAUUUAAUAAUGAAGUUGUUUACAAUUUCACACUCUGUCUAAACCAGGCAUAGUCAACUGGUGGCCCAUGGGUUUUUGUGGCACCUGGGGAAAAGUGGAACUAAAAAUGUAUGCUACUGAGAUUUAUGGAAAAUGGUAAACAAGGUGGUCACAUCUUAAAAAAAAAAAAGCUUUUUGGAAAGGAACAGCAUACAGAGUGUUUUCUGUAACCCUACCUAAAUCUGAAUCUGUGCUUUUAGGAAAUAUAGUAUUUGUAUGUUUAAUACUUUCAUAAAGUUAUAUGUUUCCUUAAAGGGACAGUCCGCUCCAGAUUUGUUACUUAUUAAAAAGAUAGAUAAUCCCUUUAUUACCCAUUCCCCAGUUUUGCAUAACCAACACAGUUAUAUUAAUAUACGUUUUACCUCUGUGAUUACCUUGUAUCUAAGCCUCUGCAGACUGCCCCCUUAUCUCAGUUCUUUUGACAGACUAGCAUUUUAGCCAAUGAGUGCUGACUCAUAAAUAACUCCACCGGAGUAAGCACAAUGUUAGCUAUAUGGCACACAUGAACUAGCAGUGUCUAGUUGUGAAAAACUGUCAAAAGGAGGCAGCCUUCAAGGGCUUAGAAACUAGCAUAUGAUUCUACCUGGGUUUAACUUUCAACAAAGAUUACAAAGAUAACAAAGCAAAUUUGAUGAUAAAAGUAAAUUUGAAAUUUAAUAUUGCAUGCCCUAUUAGAAUCAUGAAAGUUUAAUUUUGACUAGACUGUCCCUUUAAGACUACUAAAGUAUUGAUCUGCGAUCCCCAUGUGUUAGGAAGUUGGCCUUCAAUGGCCUAGACCAAGAAAGUUUAAUUUAGAUUUUAAUGUCCCUUUUAAUUGACAAUGUGUCAUUAUUCUUUCCUAGAGAUUGUUUUAAUUCUGCUUACCUACUAUUUAUUUGUUAGGGAAGAAAGAAAAAAAACGCAGCAGGAAAAAAUAAAAAGUAAUAACACACCCUUCCCAAUACUGAAUCAGAUGCACUAUAAAAACAAAUACAUUUAGCUGUAUUUGUGCUUCCAAAUGGGUCUUUUUUACUGCAGCUAACAUCCAAUUACUUUACAGAUUAUGGGGCUUGUAGAAAUACCAAUGUGCUGCCACAGCACAGACAUCACCAGCUGUAUAAGCCAAAAAUAGCAGAUGGAAAAUCAGAGCUGUUUGGCAAAAUCAUUUCUGUGUAUUCUAAAUUUUCCUUCACACAGGUGUUUUGUUUUUUUUUCUAAAGAAAAUGAUUUUGUAAAUGAAAUUUAAAUAUGAUCGAAGAAUAUUUGACCACAUUAUUUUAU